AGUUAAACUGGAAUCAGUCAAACCCGAAUUCACAAUGAGUGUUACUUUACCAGCGUUAGUGAGACAGAAAGAAUUGAUCAGCAACUAUGAUAUCAUAUUGAACAAGGUGAAAGAAGUUGCCUUGAGGGCUGCUAGUGCCCAAGUUGAGUUGGUGGCUGUGUCGAAGUUGAAGCCUUCCAGCGAUAUCUUGACAUUGUACAAUCAUGGAGUCAGACACUUUGGCGAAAACUACGUGCAAGAGUUGACCACAAAAGCAAGUGAAUUGCCCAAGGAUAUCAAGUGGCAUUUUAUUGGUAGUCUUCAAACAGAUAAAUGCAAGGUGUUGGCUAAGAAUAUUGAAAACUUGCAUGCAGUGGAAACGAUUGAUUCGUUGAAAAAGUGCAAGAAACUCAAUACACACAGACAAGAAGUCAAUGGAGCCGUAAUUAAUGUAUACUUACAGAUUAACACAUCAGGAGAGGAUCAAAAGUCUGGUUUCAAGCUAUCUGAGGGAGGAAAGAAAGAUCUUUAUGAAGCUGUAUCUUUUUUGGUUAGUGAGGAAUGUAAGUUCUUGAGCUUUGAGGGAUUGAUGACCAUAGGUUCGUUUUUAGAAUCGACUCUGUCGGAGCAAAAUAAUGAUUUUAAGAAAUUGGUUGAUUUGAAGAAAGAGUUGGACGAGAAAUUCAGUUUACUGUUGAAGACUAGUAUGGGAAUGAGUAAUGACUUUCAGGAUGCCAUCAGACAAGGAAGUACAAGUGUAAGGGUUGGAAGUUCAAUCUUCGGCACAAGGCCACCCAAAAACUAGGCGACGGAUAACUAAAAGUAAAAUAGAAUAUACAUUGUUCAUAG